CCUGUAAAUCGGAAUUAAAACAAGCAAUAUUUUAACGGUCUAACCACAAAGUUUUUUCAGUCCUCGAUUUAUUUCGACAUUUGUCACUAACCGCUGUGUAGUUCAUCCUGUUGCAAAUGCACCGCAGUACGCCACACGGUUAAUAAUACUAUCAUUAUCAUACUAAUGUUUUGUUUACACAAUUAACAUUUGGUUGAUAAUAGUAAUAAGUACUUGUUACGUUUAACGAAGCUUAUUUUUUUGUUUUUCCUCACAACUGGUCUGACUCAGAUAAUCAGAUAAUAUGCAACUAUUAAAUGAUCCAAUAGUUCAAGCAUACAAAUUAUCAUUAGGCGGAGAAAGUAGUUUCCGUCAUGUAAUCACCAAAUGUCAGUGCAUUUAUUCAGAUAACUUACCAAAAGAUGUUCACAAAGCCGAAAAAGUAGAUGAUCUCUAUAAACCAUUGCCUUAUAGUAAAAUAUUAGAUAACAUUAAGUUUUAUGUACCAAUCGCAUUAACGGAAAAGUAUUAUCCUGCAUUAACAAUGAAGAGUAUAAUUUAUGAUAUGUUAAACUGCAAAAACAUUAAGAAGGUAGAGACGUUUUAUUGUAUAAUUGAUUUAAACUUCAAGCAGCAUCCUCCAUGCGCUGAUUAUAUGAAAUUGGAGUAUAGAGAUUUAUUUCUCUCCCCAAAUGAUGAAAAUCUUUUUGAUGAAAUGUCUCUCUGGAAGUAUUUGUUGAACAUUUUUGAAUGUUUGAUAAAUGGAACUUCUCGAUACGGGGACAAGGAUGCGUAUGAUUUAGCGUUCCGAAGGGUUUUCGAAUUUUGUGUAUGUGUUCUACAGACGGACUAUGAUUACUCAAAAAAAAAAGGUUCCAAACCACUGAUUAUGGAAUGUUUAAAUUAUAAUCCUAAUCAAAGGACGAGAUUGAAUGAAAUUACAAAAUAUCUAGAUAAAUUAUUUAACUCUGGAUAUGAUUUUGUAAUGACAGUUGUCAAAUUUGCAUUACUUGUAGAACAAAUAAGAUCAGAAAAUUAAAUUGUAU